CACUAAAUCCUUAUCUGUUUCCAUAUUUGAGGAAUGAAGAGGAAAGCUGAAUAUGGUUGAUUGGUUGAGUUGAUCCAUUAACAUGUUAAAAGAAAACAGAGAGUUUACUGAUGGGUCUAAAUUACUGAAAGAAGUUAGUUCAGUUCAAAGAAAUUUGAAGAAGUUGGGUGAUGAUAUUGUCUGUUCAGAGUUACAAACUAUAUUUUGUACUGCAGUUGCCAAUUAUGAUUGACUGUGAUUGCUGACUGAGAUAUUUGGUGUUUUAGUUGCUGGUUAUGUGAUAUCUUCUGGAAUUUUUUUUUUGGUGUAUUGGUAAUUGUUUUUUAAAGUUGUGAAGGGCUCUGGAGGUGUUUCUUCUAAUGUAGUAUUAUGUGUGAAUGCAUUGAAGAUGUGAUGCAGAAGUUGGUGCAGUGGUUAGUGUUAAAGGGAGCAGAUACUCUGAGGAUUUUUGGUAUAUGAAUUGGAGUUAAAUAUAGUGCUGAGGAAGAUUAAAAUUAAAGGAGUUAGCGUAAAUGUUUCACAAUAUGUUUCCUAUUGCAUGAUAAGUUUAAAAGUGUAAAAUGUAAACUAUGCAUUUUUAAACUUUACAAAACGCACUGUCUCAUUUUACCAAGACUGAAAACCAAAACUAUCUUCCCUUUUGCCAGUUAGGAACAUUCAAAGAAAGGCUAGAGCUUUGUUGUGUCUUUUCAUAUACCCUAGGAUUCUAAGCAAGGCCCUUAGUCAAAAAAAUGUGUUUUGCCAAGCCAUAAUUUGGACAGUCAUUCCUGGCCCCACUUGUCAUCAUAAACUUCUAACCAAAUGUUAUAAAACAUUGAACCCUCCUCACAAAACCUCAACAAAAAGAACAUCAGUGUCUGUCUGCCUCUGUCCUUUAACCUUGAAAAUGACUCUGACGGCAAAAUCUAUUUUCACUCUUUUACUAACACUUCUUCUUUAUUUCUCGGUCACCUCCUCCUCCUCCUUACAAAACCUUCUUCAAAGCCAAGGCUUACCUGCUGGUCUCUUCCCAAACAAUGUUGAAUCCUACACUUUCGAUUACCAAACUGGUCGGUUGGAGGUGUAUCUGGAAAGUUCCUGUCUGGCCAAGUUCGACGGUAGAGUUUACUUCAGCAGUGUGGUGAGAGCGAGUCUCAGUUAUGGUGGGUUAAUGGGACUUGAAGGUAUUGCUCAAGAAGAGCUCUUUCUUUGGCUUCCAGUUAAAGGUAUCAUUGUCGAUGAUCCAUCUUCUGGGGUCAUUUUGAUUGAUAUUGGUCUUGCUCAAAAACAACUCUCUCUUUCUCUCUUUGAAGACCCUCCUGUUUGCAAGCCUCAAGGUGCUCUACUAGAAAUUGUUGGGAGGAAGAUGGGAUCAUCUCAAGUUCAGCAAUGAAAGCUUGCUUGAACAUUGCAGAGUUUAGUUAUGUUAUCAUCUUCUUAAACUUUUAGAGGAAUAUAUCGAGUUCAUGUUUGCUUGAUAGAUGCUAUGAUGAGGAUUAUAAAAAAUGGAGUUCUCUGCUUGAGUCCAUAAUUAAAGCUGUUCAAUCUGCGAAUUAGAUAUUCAAGUUUAUUCACAUGGCUGCAAUCUCGCCAUCACGGACCUUGGACAUAAUUUUAACAGAGGCAGUGAGUACAUACUUUCGUAUCUGCAAUUUGCAUUUAACCAUUUUUAGCAGAAAUUACCAGGCCUAUAAUUUGCUUUGGGAUUCUGGUAAUUGAGAGCAUCACAUUAUCACAUUUUGAUGAUUAAGUAAUCCAUCAACAUGGAGGAGUCACAUAAGCUUAGAGUCGAUAAGUUUUGGAUUCUGCAUUAAAUUCUGUCUAUGCUGUUUUCUUUUUUCCUUAUAAAUAUGUUAUUUCAUUUUUGGAUAAAUCGAUCCUAAACAGUAAACGACACGACAGAUUAUUCAUCA